AUGCAGCUGGAGCAUUGUCUGUCGCCUCCGUCGAUGAUGCUCUCCAAGAAAUUUCUUCAUGUGAGCGGCGGCGGGAGCGGCGCUUACCCGCCUGCCGCGGGCGGAUCCGAGCUUGCCUUGCAGGAGCAUCACCACCACCACCAUCAUCACCACCACCAUCCCGCCGCCGCCGCCGCCGCCAUCCUCUCGGCGAGCGCUGACAACCUGGAGAGGAGUUCACCUCUGAAAAAACUCGCCAGGGGGGGGAUGACGAAUCAGGCCGAAGCAGACAAUUUCCCUGACUCCAAAGACCCGCCAGGGGACGCCCAGCAGCAACAGCAACAGCAGCAGCAGCAGCGCGCCAAACUCUCGCCCGUCGUCUUGGACGGCGGCGGCGGCCAGGAGCAGCUCCGUCCAACCUUCGAUGGAGCGGCGGCGGCUGCGGCAGCGGCAGCAGCAGCAGCAGCAGCGGCGGCCGCGGCAGCGGCGGAUCGCUACCUGCUCUCGUCGCCCGCGGCUGCAGCCUCCUCUAGCCAGCCCCCGACCGCUGCCUCGGCUCCCCCGGCCGCCGCCACCAUGUUCCCCUACCCGGGCCAGCACAACCACGCUGCCGCCUUCUCCAUCGCCAGCCCCAGCCGCUACAUGGCGCACCAUCCGGUCAUCACCAACGGAGCCUACAACAGCCUCCUCUCCAACUCGGCCCCUCAGGGCUACCCGGCCGCCGGCUACCCUUACCCUCAGCAGUACGGCCAUUCCUACCAAGGAUCGCCCUUCUACCAGUUCCCCUCCGCUCAAGCCGGGCUCGUCCCGGGCAAGGCGCAGGUCUACCUAUGCAACAGGCCCCUCUGGCUGAAGUUCCACCGGCACCAGACCGAGAUGAUCAUAACCAAGCAAGGCAGGCGAAUGUUCCCUUUCUUAAGUUUUAACAUUUCUGGUCUGGAUCCCACGGCUCAUUACAAUAUUUUUGUGGAUGUCAUCCUGGCCGAUCCCAACCACUGGAGAUUUCAAGGAGGCAAAUGGGUGCCUUGCGGCAAAGCGGACACCAAUGUACAAGGAAAUCGCGUCUAUAUGCACCCGGACUCCCCCAACACGGGAGCGCACUGGAUGCGCCAGGAAAUCUCCUUUGGGAAACUGAAAUUGACCAACAAUAAAGGCGCCUCCAACAACAACGGGCAGAUGGUGGUCCUGCAAUCCCUCCACAAAUACCAGCCCCGCUUGCACGUGGUGGAGGUGAACGAAGACGGCACGGAGGACACCAGCCAGCCCGGCCGGGUGCAAACCUUCACCUUCCCGGAGACCCAGUUCAUCGCCGUCACCGCCUACCAGAACACCGAUAUCACACAGCUGAAGAUAGAUCACAACCCUUUUGCAAAAGGCUUUCGAGACAACUAUGACACGAUCUACACCGGCUGCGACAUGGACCGCCUGACCCCGUCGCCCAACGACUCCCCCCGCUCGCAGAUCGUGCCAGGUGCCCGCUACGCCAUGGCGGCAGCCGCGGCCGGCUCCUUCCUGCAGGACCAGUUCGUCAGCAACUACGCCAAGUCCCGCGGCUUCCACCACCAUCACCAUCACCCAGGGGCCGGCGCCGGAGCAGGCGUGGGACCAGGCGGGCCCGUGCCGGAGCGAGGCGUGCCCCACCCGAACGGGCUGCUGUCCCCGCAGCAAGCCGAGGAGCCCGGCGCGCCUUCUCCUCAGCGCUGGUUCGUCACGCCCGCCAAUAACAGGCUGGACUUCGCCGCCGCCGCCUCAGCCUACGACCCUGCGGGAGAUUUGGCGGGAAACGCCGCGACCCUCUUGUCGUACGCGGCAGCCGGCGUCAAAGCGCUCCCCCUGCAGGCGGCUGGCUGCACCGCCCGCCCGCUCGGCUACUACCCGGACCCGUCGGGCUGGGGGGCGCGCAGCCCGCCCCAGUAUUGCGCCAAGUCCUUGUCGUGCUGGCCCAAUAGCAGCAGCAGCAGCGCUCGCGCCGGGGGCAACCCCUAUUUGCCCGCAGGGGCCGGCGGCGGCGAGGAGCCCGACAGCCUGGCGCCUCCCGAGCGCUCCCCUUUGGUGGCGCCGCCGCCGCCUCCCGCCACCGGGCAGCCCCCGGAGGACUCCAAGCCCCCCAAGGACUUGUCCGACUCGAGCUGGAUCGAGACUCCCUCGUCCAUCAAGUCCAUCGACUCCACCGACUCUGGGAUUUACGAGCAGGCUAAGCGCCGGCGGCUCUCCCCGGCGGGUACGCCUGCCUCCGAGAGCUCGUCGCCACUCAAGAGCGAGCCCGCCUUGGCCCCCCGGGACUGCGACAAGACCUGCGCCAAGGACAUCGGCUACUACGGCUUCUACUCGCACAGCUAGAGCCUCUGCCCUUUGGCCACGCCUCCCCGCCUACUCUCCUUUCCCCGCCAAUUCCUUCCGAAAGAGCUUUCGUUUGGCGCUGCGCAAGAGGUUGAGCUCUAGUUAGCAACUGCACUCGAGUGUACCUCUUUCUCCAGCCCCGCCAUCUACCCCGCGCACGCGCAGUCUCUCUCUCUCUCUCUCUCUCUCAUACACAGAAGAGCGCAAACCGCAUGUCCAUUCUAAACCCCCUUUGGUUUCGCAACGGGAGGUGGAUGGAUCUGCGCGCGCAAUGAAGGGCGAAAAAUCAUGUCACUUCUUUCU